AAGUGCAGCGAGAGAACCAAUUGGCAUCGCGGAAAAGCGACAACAAUGAUCUUCGAGAAAUGCGAGCAAUUAACUUUACAUGCCUUUUUUUAGAUAGGAUAACUUCAAAGAUUGUGUCUAACAAUACAAGAUUUAUUUUUUUCUACACAAAUAUGGUUAUCACUGAAGAGAAUAAAUCAUUUAUCGCAAUAUUGAACAAAUUGUGAUUAAUUAAUAAGAAACAAAAUUUUGCAAUUUUUUUCCGACUUUUAUGACUAAAAACCAUUUAAAAAAUCUUAGUUUUGACCAUAAGUAUUACGAUAUUUUCUUUCAAGGCAGAAGUCAAUCGGUUUAGUAGUUUCUGAGAAAAGUCUUGCACAAAGUUGAAAAACAGUUUGAGGAAAACACAUUUAAAGUUUAACAUUGUUUGGUCCAUAUGCCGCGUUCUUCAAAACGUGAAAACAAUGGCGAGCGAUUCGAAUUUUGUUAAAUUGGUUUACAGGUUUAUUCUUAACAGGUUUAUUUUAAAGAUUUAAAAACUAUUUAAAAAGAUGUUCUGUUGGACUAGUAUAUCACUUAAAAAAAAAGAAUAAAGAAAAAAUUAUAAAUUGAUGCAACUAAAUGUUAAAAGGUAUGUAAGAUGAUAGUUAAAUCACAGCGGCAGUCAAAAGCUUAAAAUUUAAGCACCCUCUUUUCGCGGAAAUGACUCAGCUUAAUGCUGUCUCAUAGAUGACAGGAGCUUUUCAGUCUUUUUCAUGCUUGUCUCAGUAGGCUUCUCAGUAGAUCAGACACUAUCUUUAGCAAGUACUGACUCUAACGUUAAUUAUGGUACGAACUAGGAAACAAGAUCAAUACUCACAAUAGUUAUUGUAUAAAACUUAUAAAAAAUUGCCUUUCUAUUCAAUCGACUGUUUAUCUCAAUAUUUUUUAUUCAUGAUUUUGUUUACUAAAAACUACUUUAAAUUACAACACUAAAAUAUAUUUUGAAAGUUUAUUAUUGGUUAUAAAUGAGAUAUAAAACGUGAGAUAAAUAAAAUCCAUUAAUCGCUUGAUAUUAUAUUCUUAAGAUAUUAUUCUAAAAAAAUAAAUAUUUCUUAGACAGUUACAACAAAUAAAUUCGAAGAUUCUUGGGAUAGAAAAAAACACUUGGGAUAGAAAAAUACAUAAGAAAUGCUGUUUAUUUUAAAUGUCAUAUGAUAUAUGUCUGAAAUUUUGUGUGUGUAACAAUAAAAAUAAAUUUCUUAAAAAUAAAUUUAUAAGUAAAAAAGUAUUACAUAGGUAUUUAAUUCGAGGAUUCGUCGUAAUUUGAACAUCACCACCAAUGUCCAAAUGUCGUUCAAAAAGAGCAACUAACUGCUUUAGAGAGCGCACAAUUUUCAUUUCCCAUCCCUCGGCUUCUCAUCAUUUGCAUCGCUAAAACGGUCUCGAUAGUAACCCGCUGUUUAUGUAAAUUAUACGGCCAUAGAUUUUUCCGCGAAAAGCGAAAACAACGGAAACGGAGCGCUACGCUUGCGUGUCGAAUAAAUUUGAUUGCAAAUUAACAUUGUCAUAUAUAUUCGCACUUAUUGUAAAAGAAAAGAAUAUUAGCAAACAAAAAAAAUUCGCGUAAGUUAACUGACGGAUACAUUAAUUAAUAGUCUUGUUUUUUUACAACAUCAAUGAAGUAUGCAACUGUUAAAUUAAUAAACAUAAAAAAUCAAUUAUUUUAUGUUUCUGUAAGGUGUUGUACGUAACGUGUCAAUCGUUAAUUAAUGUUGACUUAGCCACUUAAGGCCACAAAUUAAUUGACUCUCGUCCUGUAGUUAAUUGUCCUGUAGUAAACAUCAUCGUACCCACGUACGUUACGUCGUUAAACAGAUCACUAAUGAGAGUAAACAGAUAUGAGUUAAAUGUCUUACAAGACUGUGACACGAUUAGUUUCCUGUAUCAUGAAAACAAUAUUAAAAUAUUUUACCGUAUUUUAGACCAUGACAAUUACUUAUUAAGUCAAAUUUUCUGCCAUUAUGUAUUUUAUAUUUUAAAUGUCAUUUAAUUAUUAAUAAUUUAAAUAAUAUUUAAUUCUUCGUGCAAAUAAAAUCGAAUUACUUUCAGAAAGUACAUAAAUUCUGUGUAGAACUCACAAUAAUAAUAACAAUUCAAAAUUUAAUCUAAUAGAUUACUCAGUUCGAAAGUUGUUUUCGCUGUUAAAUUUAUUUGUAUUAUCUGCGCCGUUUAUACGCGUGCCGCCAUUAAGAGAUUAAUUUUGUUUAAAGUUCCGCGAUGGGAGGUAUUUAUAGGAAAUUGCUAGAAAUUCUGGAAAUUCGUGACGAGAAGGAUGACACGCGAGUUGUCUCGUGAAAUUCGCCCUGCGAAAUUGGCGGCUAAAAGGAUAAAAAAGUGCGAAGACACAGACUGACGCAGCGGAAGCUUGAAUCCCGCAUUAAACGUUUGAAUAUUCGAUGCAAUGUCUCGGAGAUAUCUUGAGAAUUUCCCGUCUCUAUUCCUUAUAUAUAUAGCAUCUGACGUAAAGUCGGUGACACGCAUGAUAUAAACUCGCGAAACUCGAAAGUAAUAAUCUUGACUUAGCGCUGAAACGACAGUUUCGAUAGUAAACCGUUUUAGACUUUAUGAAAAAUGUUUAUUGUGCCUCUAUAACCGUAAAAAGAAAAUUUCAAAUAAAACUUUUCUGAAAAUUAUAUAAAUAUGCAUUAUAAUAACAGAAAAUCAUCUUUUAGUGCUCGUAAAAUAUUGUAGUUUCACAUUUUUGUAAUUUUUAAAAAUUUUAAUAUUUAAGAAUUAGAAUUCACAUCUUUGGGAAUUUUUUAAGCACAAAAUUUCGCCAGAGCUGUUGAUACAAAUGAAAAAAAAAGAUAGAGGAUUAAACUUAUAUAAGAUAAACCGCGUUGAAUUCUCAUAAUUUUAAUGUGAAAGUGACUUAGAACACUCAAAAGCAUCGAGAUCGAUGUGAACGAUGAGUCGCCUUCUUACCAGGCGACAUUCGCAAAACUUUUCUGCUUUCUUCCAGGCUCUCUGCAUAUUUCCUGACAUUUAAACUUAUUCAGCGUAACUUUCGCGCGACAAGGAAGAGGCGAGAAUGUAUACCAUAGCGCCUCAACAAUAACUUACUUUUUCCCUGCUUGUCUGUCUGAUUUUCCCUUGCUUUACUCUUCGUAAUUCCAUGAAUAUCGAAUCGUUUCUUUUCUUAUCUCGCACUUGAAUUUUCUCUUUAUAUGGCGGUAGAAAUUGGCUACGCAUCGAGCCGAUUGAACGAAAAGAAAAAUCAUAUCUUUUCAUCUUAUCUGCUCAAGAAAAGAUUAUAAUAUUAUAGUACUGACUUCAGGAUAAAGGGUAGAUAAUAGGGAAUAUACGCAAACUAGUAUUAUAUAGUUCAUGAUGAAGAAGAUUUAUGUAAUAUACAAAUAUUAUAUUUUUUUAAAUUAUUUUAGAUUUGCGAAAUAAGAGAUUUUUUUUAAAUCAUAUUUUACAAUAUGAAAACAUUGAUAUUUUGUAUAUUGUUAUUAAUGAAAUAUUUGUUUGAUGUAGUUUAUUGAAAUAAAAGAUUUUCCUCUAGCUGUAAAUUUUCCUGGUUUUUAUACGUUUAUAUUUUUUUAUUGUGUAUUUAUAAAAAGCAAUAAUUGCAGUUUAAGCGAAUUGCAAAAUUUGCUCCUAUCGUAAUAUUGUAAUUAGCGAAAUAGUUGAUCAGUUAUCGUGCUCGACAGGAUCUCAGUUUUAGGAGUUUUUAAGGAAAAAAAAAAGCAAAGACCGCAUAGCAGAGGUUACAUUGGGGAAUCGAGAAUACCUAGCGAAAGUUUCUUCAAUUGGGUGAACGACGCUUUCAGGCGACGCCGGAAAUCGAGAGAACGUGGUCCGAUAUCCUUCGUGUUCCUGUUCGAUUUAACUUCGAGGGACGAAGUUGCGCGUUCACGUUGUUUCGAAACUUUAUCACCGCAACAAUAAUAUUUUUAUGCUAGUGGUAGCAACUCUGUUAAUCCCAGACGUCCAGCCGAGUGCGACGUUCAAGUUCUCGUUAUAAUACUAGCUGAAUUGAGUUCAAUAAACGAAAUGUAAAAUCACCUCUUUUAUUCUGCAUUCUUUCGUAAUGUUGAUAUUAACAAUUGACAUCAAUCAAUGUAAUUUUUUAAUUAAAAAAACUUGAAGACUCAGUUUUAAGUAUUUUAACUAUUAUCUAGUAAAAAGUUACAUGCUGUAAAGUAAACGAAAUUCGCUUCUGACAAUAUAACAGAUUUCGAACAGCAUAUUUCAAAUUGUAACGCAGAACGAUAUAUUGCAUGUAAAAAAAACUCCGUUACAUUGAUUUUCCGUGCAAAUAUACUUUCAUUCUGCUAACUUUCAAUUCUCUGAUUCGUUUGACUAUUGAUUCACAAAAUUCAAACAGCAUUAUGUUUGAAUUUUGACAGACAAAUAUUUUUUUACAAAAGAAUUGUUUGAUCAAAAAGCUGAGGAGUUACGUUCUAAAGGUUCGUUUAAAUUUCAAAAAUGGUUCUAAAAAUAUUAUUUUAAGUUAAUAUACGUAAUUUGUAAUAUAAAUAUAUAAUAUAUUAUUAUAUCGCAUUAUGAUAAUUAAAUGUAAUUUAUUGUACGUAUAAAAAUAUUAUACGCAAUGAAAAUUAUGUAUCGUGUAAAGAAUUGUAUAAUUAUAAUCUAGAUACAUUUUGGUUAUGCAACGAUGGUUGUAUAACCGUGGUGGUUAUAUUUUCUUAGAGAAAAUAAAAACAAACCUAAAAAUUUUAGAACUUUUUUCUAUAUGGUUCCAAACUACCUCUUGAUUGUCAGAAGUCUGCUCAUUACAAAAUUGAAACCGGUUGGAAAAAAACCUUGGUUUAAAUCUAAAGUAAGUUUGAAACAAUAAAAAAUGAAAACGGAUCUAAUUUAAAUAAUUUUAGUGGAAAGAUUAAAACACAUAAUUAACAAAAGACAAAACAAAUUAUAUUACAUAACACGAAAUUUGUUAUUUUUGGAAAAAAGAUCCCUUAUUAUUACAACAUUAGGCAAUACAAUGCAAAUUUGCAAACAAGAAAAGAAUUUCUCGCAAUAUUUUCGAAAUAAAAAAAUAAAUUUGAAUUUAAAACGAAUAAAAUAAAUUUAGAAGACGGCUAAAGUGAAGGACGUAUGGUCAUUGUAGCUUCCUUUUUAAGUCACAUGAAAAAUUCAGAUCCUGUAUAAGCGCGCGAAGAGUUCUUCUUUCUACUUAUACUAAGCCACGUUGCUUUUUAUAUUGUUUCAGACAUGCAUUGGCUCGUUUGCACCUGCAUCCUCACGGCGACGACGGUGCUUUCUUGCCGGCAGAGCGAGUUUCAGUGCGCCAACGGGCACUGCGUCGCCCUCAACAAAGUCUGCAAUGUUGUCGACGAUUGCGGAGAUGGGAGCGACGAGACGCGUCCAUGCUCGCCUUGCAACAAAACGUACUACGGCGACGUGGGGAAAACAUAUGAUUUGGAAUUGCAUCGACCGAAGGAAGAUAAGGUGCCUUACAUUUGCAAGCUCACCUUCAGCGCGCCAGGUGAUGAUUUCGGUGACAUCGUGCAGCUGACCUUCGACAGCUUCACUCUAGGCAAAUUCGUGUCGUUUACCGCAGAGGGAUGUCCCGACGGAUCCCUGCAAAUCUCGGAGACGCAGCGUCCCGACGUCGGCGGCCUCUGGUGCGGCACGUCCUGGGGACCCGCGAUCUACUACAGCGAAACAGCCAGCGUUUCGAUCCUCCUCAAGCUGCUCAGGCUCAGCAAAGAUCAGACGGGAUUCAACUUCGACUUCAGAAUGGCGUACAAGAUGAUCAGAAAGUCCGACGCGGUGGUGCGCUACGGAAAUCCCUUCGUCGGAAUAACGCAGGUCGUCGGGACGCCGGCGUCGACCGAGCGCACGUCCGCCGGGUACGCGAACACGUCGAUGGCGAUGCCGGUGCAAAUGGUCGAGCAACACGUGCCGCCGCCUACGACAUCGAGCUCCGAGCAGUUCUUAGGCGACCUAAUAUCCGGGACUUAUUGCUCCCGUAUAUUCACCGACUGCGACCGGAAGAAGUGCAGAUUGCAGUCGCCUAACUUCCCCGGUCUCUAUCCCCGCAAUCUCACCUGUUAUUACGCGGUGAGGCAGCACGAGGUGCCGCCGGGCAAGCACGCUUUAAUACACGUGAAGCAGCCCCGGGGCCAAUUGGUAGCCGUAAGAGCGCGACCAGCAACCCAGGCGGAAGCGCCACCCCGGGAGCUGCGUCUCUGGCAAGAUUGCGACGUCGUUCAGGACUACGUAACAGUGUAUGACGGAUACACCACCAGGGAGCCCGUGAUCCUAAAAUUUUGUGGCGGCGGGGAGCCGGUACCGGAGGCCAUCAGCAGCGGCCCGGAAAUCCUCGUGGAGUUUACUACCUCUCCUUAUGGCACCUUCUUACAUCCGACGCCGCCCCAUUCCCUACAUGGGUUUCAAUUAGAAGUGCAAGUCACGUUCGUGGACGCGGAAUCACCGACCUACGCUAAGAACAAGCGUUGCGAGUUCUGGCUGAGGGGCACCGGCGGCGGCAUCCUGGCGUCGCCCCGUCAUUCACUGCCGAACAGCACCUGCCUGUACCAUCUUCGCGGCGCCGGUCCUACCCUGCCCAGUCCGACACCGCCGCGGCCAUUGCCGAAGUUUCCGGAGCAGAGACCCGGUACCGUGUGGAGAAGACCGGCCCCGAAGCCGCCGCAGCCACAGUUCCGCGUCUGGCUGUCUAUCCUCAAGUUCCACGUGGGCACCGGUCUGUCCAGCACCGACGAGGACUGCUCGACGACGCUGAUGGUCUGGGACGGCGAGAUGAUGCCGCUGUCGGAAUGCAACGACGUCGCCUGGUAAACAGUAACAAGCCGGCCCGUAGCUCGAAAAGUUUCAAUCUCGAUUCUUAAAAGAAAGACACGUCUUGUU